AUGGGUGAUCAAAAUACGGAGUACUCCACUUAACAAGAAAAAAAGUUAUACUCCGUAGAAGUAAAAGACAGUAAGAAAAACACAUUGUUGAGUGAGUAAUACUCUAGAAUCCUACACCUUUCCGGGAACAACAAUUCACAAGCACCUAGUCAUACAGGCUACAGCAGCCUCUCUCUCACCACCUAAUCCUCUAAUUUUAAUUUUAAUUUUAAUUUUAAUUUUAAAUUAUCAAGACCAAACAUGGUGGGCCCGCCAUUGGUGACCGACCCGACUUAGAUAAAUGGGAAUAAGAAGAAGACGACGUUUAGUAGAAAGAGUGAAGAAGCCAACAAACCCGCCCAUUUCAAAUAUUCCUCCAUAGUUGUUUGUUUUCCCAUAGUCGUUGUGUUUUUUUGGUGUUUUCCUGUAAUACCCCGAGUUUUCGCCUUGUUUUAGUUUAUCAUAGAAGCAUAUAUAUUAUAGUAGUAAAAAUAUAUAUAUAUAUAUGUUUUUUACGGGUUUAAGUCUUCUAGCUUGUUCUUUUGGUAUAAUCCGAAUGAAUUGAAGUCUUGAUCGAAUCGAGUCAAUUCGAAACAUUCCAAUACACCACUACUACUACUACUACUGUUUCUUCUUACGACGACGACGACGACGACGACGACUCCAUCUUUGUUGUUUUCCUUCUUACCAGACUUCUUAAAUUUUAGUCUUUUAAUUUUCUUGGAAGUUAGUUGUUUUUUGUUUUGGAUAUAAACUUCCAAAACCCAAGAAAAUAAAAAUGAAUUUGCAAGGUAUUGAAGAUGGUUUUUGUAAUUUGUCUUCAACAUUUAGAGGAUUCACUCAUCAAAAUUCUGUUCACCAGCAGCAGCAGCAGCAACAACAACAACAACAACAACAUCAACUCAACCCUAACCCUAAACAGUGUUCGAACGAUAAUAAUAACAACAAUACUAAUAGUCAUGCUCCUCCAGUCUCGAAGAAGAAGAGAAAUUUGCCAGGGACUCCAGAUCCAGAUGCGGAAGUGAUGGCGUUAUCACCGACGACACUAAUGGCUACGAACCGAUUCAUAUGUGAAAUAUGCAAUAAAGGGUUCCAAAGAGAUCAAAACCUUCAGCUGCACAGGAGAGGACACAACCUACCGUGGAAGCUUCGACAACGAACGAACAAAGAAGUAAAGAAGAAGGUUUAUAUAUGCCCUGAGAAAACAUGCGUACACCAUGACCCUGCUCGAGCUCUCGGUGAUCUCACCGGAAUCAAAAAACAUUUCAGCAGAAAACAUGGUGAGAAAAAAUGGAAGUGUGAAAAAUGUUCUAAAAAAUAUGCUGUGCAAUCAGAUUGGAAAGCUCAUACCAAGACUUGUGGUACUAGGGAGUACAAAUGUGACUGUGGUACACUUUUCUCCAGGAAAGAUAGUUUUAUUACACAUAGAGCUUUUUGUGAUGCCUUAGCUGAAGAACGGAUUGCUACUUCAGUUGCUCCUCCAACUCUAAGUUUCAACACUUAUCCCAAUAACAAUAGUAAUCCUCAUUCUGGUUUUCAUCAUGGAAUAGCUAGUGAAGGUUUACAAGACCAUCCCGCCGGUAUUUCUCCCUUCAGCUCGCUUUUCCGAUCCGAUUUUAACUCCAUGGCCCGCGGGAAUACUCUUACACCAGGUUUUUCUGAUAUGGUGCAAAUGGCAACGACUAACCUGUUUGGGUCAUCCUUUAUGAUGAACAAUCAAAAUUCAUCCUUAGACAACAGGAAUAAUAAUUCUACAACUCCAUCACCAUCCACCACGGCAAGUCUUUCUCUAUCAUCCUUCCCGCUCUCAACCAAGGAUGAAAGCUUAGGAAGAAAUAACAACAACAAUAACAAUAUCAAGAGCAAUAUGGACGUUGAAACCCAAUCUGCAGGCUGUUUAUACUCACAUGAUCAAAACAAUCCAUCUUCUUCCUCGUCGACCCCAAUGUCAGCAACCGCCCUCCUACAAAAAGCAGCUCAAAUGGGUUCAACAAGGAGCAACCCUUCUUUUCUUGGGACAUCCCUAGGGGUCAUCACAACCACACCUUCACAACAAGUUCAUCAUCAUCCUCCAGUUGAUCCCAAGCAUCGAGCCCCGAAUACUAGUGGCACCAUUAAUGUAACUUCAGUAAGCAACAUUACUCAAUUGAUGAUGCACCCGGGUGUACAAUCCUUACAUAAUAACAUAAACCAACUCAACCUCCCUUCUAUCGUCUCCAGUGGUUUAACUAGAGAUUUUCUUGGCAUGGGAGCUGGGGAUGGAAGUGCUCAUGCCUUUUCGCCUCAAGACCUUGUUAAUUUUGCGUCUAUAAGCUCCGCUAUGGGACUUGACCAUUUUGGUAACAACUAGCUUCAGCCUUCAGCCUUCAGCCUUAAUAUUAUAUUACCAACUUGUCACUAUGUAACGUACUUCCAUCCUUUUUUAACACCCUAAUAAUUCUCUCAUUUUUUAAAAUCUUUCACAAGUAAUACUCCCUCCGUAUUAUUUUUAUUAUUAAGACGAUUUUGCAAUGAAAAUUUAUAAGAGACGAUUUUUACUC